CCUUCUUCUCCACUCAUCUCCUUCUGCUCACCAUCAGCCACAGAGCGUCUCAAACUCUCCCAAAGGUUGCUGUAUCGACCGACUCUCAGGAGGCUCUGUUUUCGGACGGAGGGGGAAGCGCUGAAGGACUUGUAAACUUAGCCCUCCCCCUUUCACCCUCCGCCUCCUUAUCUCCCCCACUUUUACCACCCAGGCCCCCCCCCUUCCCCCCCCAGGAGGAUCUGGAGGUGUCUCUCCUCACCCACAGGGGGACAGGAAGUGACAUCACUAUGGCACCAAACCAUGGUGAUGAUGAUGGUGAUGUUUUCGUCAGAACGAGGCAGUUGAAGAGGUUUCACAGCAUGGACACGACGCAGGGCAGCAACGUGGCCCCGCCCCCUCGCCUCCCUCGACCCCCCCGCCCUUACUCCUGGCUCGACUCCCCCCCGGAGACCUGCUUUUCAUCGGAGGGGGAGUCAACAAACCCCAAUCGUAGCCCCUCCUCCUCCUCAUCUGGCUUCGUUUUUUCGCAAAUCCACGCCUCGCCGCAUAGACGCAAGAAGAAAAUGAGCCCGCCGUGUAUCUCCGUGGAUCCGCCCAGCGACGAGUCUGGACUUUACCCCCCAGGAGUGGUUGUUGUGGGGGGGGGGGGAGGGUUAGGGUUAGGGUUACCCUCCCCCCUGCCCAGCCGGGACACCUGUCUGAGGAGGAGGGCGCCCUCUAGUGACUCCUUUGACCUCGGGGUGACGGGGGGCGAGGGGGGGUCUGUACAGCUACUGACGCCCCCCAGGGAAGAAAAGCUCUGA